GAAGACAAGUUGAAGAGUCGUCAACUUCAAUAUAAGUAUACGAGUAUAAUUUCGUUGACCAGGCUUGAACAUUUUUCAUAAAUGCAUCAUGUCAGCAUAUUUUAUAUUAUUAUGGUUCAUAUUGUGCAAUUUCCAUUCGCACAAACACAUAACAAAGUCACAACAGAUAUCCAUUAACUCAACGAGAUACAACAAGCAAAUCGAAUGGAAAGAUUGCAUGGUGGCCAUUAAUGGAGGAAAUGAAGCUUAUGAAUUGGACAAUCAGGAUAUCAAAGUACAAUUUCAUUCUCCCUUGAAUGUAUCGGAGGAAAAGGCUUGCAGUGAUGAAUGUUGUAAACAAUCACACGGAGUUUUGAAAAAAGCACAAAUAAUUCCACUAUGGUGUUUUUGCUUGGAUUAUACGCUUGAUUCUUCUACGGACACGAAUGUUAUAUUGGUUUGGAAAAAUAUUGCUGAUAGACAACUGAAAAGAGUUGAUCUCUUCAUUUCUGCAGUGCUUGAUUGUCUGGACAGUUAUGAUCGAACAGAUAAAUCUGUUACCUUUGGAGUACAUGAUGCACAUGAACGAUUCAGAUACACAUUGGAUGCUGAAUUUCAGCACAUUCCAAUCCCGAAAAUUAUGUAUCGGGUGGUCCAAGGAUCGUAUUAUGUCGGUGGUUGUGGUGCUGUCAUUAUAAUUCACAAUGAACCAGCCCAUGUGCCAGACAGUGAUAAGUUAUGCGAUAACCAUCAGAUGCUUUCGGGCUGGGAAAUGAUCGUAAAUAAUGAUCCAAAAAGUGGAUUAACAUACGUGUGCCAGCUAACAGGAGACCUUUGCGAUAAAUUAGGUAUUGUUGAAAAUUGGGCACCGCCUUUACACCUGGAUGCAAUUCCUUUCUCUGAGCAUCCCGAAUGGGAUUUCACCUUUCCAAUAGAAGACGUUGAUGGUACUGAUCGAGUGCAUAGCAAUUUUUUCGGAUUGUGUGAAAAUAUGGGAAUUUAAAAUCACCACCAAACACCUUAGCCGCUGAAAUACAAAUAUGUAGCCCUGCCAUAAUUUGAAAAGUUUUGAAACGUGGGUUUAAUUCAUAAUCAUCAUCUCUACCAUGAAUUUUCGAAUCAUUUACAAACGAUUGGUGAUUAAAAAAAUUGAUUGAUUUCUUGGUGAAUAUCAUUCACAAACGGAUCAAUUAAUUUACGAUUGAUUCGGUUUUUGUGAAACUAUUGUAUAGGAAUUGAUCUGAUUUCAAGCGAAGCGAAUCAAAUCGAAUCGAAACGUAUCGAAUCAUUCACAACCGAUUGAAAAUCGAACAAACUGAUUGAUUUCUAGGUGAAUCAUUCGCGAACGAGUUGAUCAGUAGUUACGGACACAUUCACGAACGAAUUGAUCCGUAUAAGUGACUCGUUCGCGAAAGAAUCGAUUCGUAUAAAUGACUCAUUCGGGAACGAAUCGAUUAGUAUGAGUGACUCGUUCGCAAACGAAUCGAUUGGUAUAAGUAACUCGUUCGCGAAACGAAUCUAUUCGUAUGAGUGACUCGUUCGCGAACGAAUGGAUUCAUAUCGGUGACCCGUUCGCGAACGAAUCGAUUCAUAUCGAUGACUCGUUCGCGAACGAAUCAAUUCGUAUAGGUGACUCGUUCGCAAACGAAUCGAUUCGUAUAGGUGACUCGUUCGCGAACGAAUCGAUUCGUAUAGGUGACUCGUUCGCGAACGAAUCGAUUCAUAUCGGUGACUCGUUUGCGAACGAAUCGAUCGAUUUACUCAAUUUUCGAUGAAUCAUUCGCGAACAAAUUGAUUCGUAAGUAUAAGUGACACGUUCGCGAACAAAUCGAUUCAUUUAAUUAUUCAAUUUUUGAUUAAUCGUUCGCGAACAAAUCGAUUCAUUUAAUUAUUCAAUUUUUGAUGAAUCGUUCGCGAACGAAUCGAUUCAUUUACUCAAUUUUUGGUGAAUCAUUCACGAACGAAUUAAAUCAUUUUAUGUGAAUCAUUCGUGAACGAAUUGAUCCGAGGACAAAGGCAUUUCACCUAUUUUACCCAGAAAUACGCUUAGAACAGGUUUUCUUCACUAAGUAGGUACCUACCUAUAGACUUACAACUUUCAAUAUACGUAAUUCGGUACCUAUACUAUACCUAGCUAUACCAACGCUUCAGUCUAAUCAAACCAUCUUUUAUCAUUCUAACAUAGAUACUGAACGUGUAAGACUAACUCAAGUUAUGUCUAAUUUCCUUCUCUAAUUUUUUCUUUGCUAUAAUUGGAGUUCAAGAGAUCGUAUUCUUGUGAAAUAUUAAUAAUACAAGUGUAUUAAAACUUAACUCCUCAUUUCAACGAUGAUCUAGAUUAAUCGACGUAAAAAUACUGAAUAAAUGUUAUGAAGCUUCAUCAUAUAAAUAAGCCCAAUGGUUAUUUAAUUUUUUUAAUUUCAAUUACGUAAAUCUUGUUCAUUUUAAUUUUUAAAAUAAUUAUCUUCAUGGUUAAAGAAGAUGAUAAGUAAGUUCAUUGAAGUUGAAUGGAGAUGUUGUUAUCUUCAAUGUGUAUAAUUUUGUGAGCUCUUAUUGAAAAUUUUUCAAAAAUGCAUUUAUUUGCAUCUUCCAUACUAUGUUUAACAUUGUGCUGUUUCCAUAUUCAUAUAACGAAGGCGCGGCCAGAAAGUAAUUCAGAUUUCAACAAAAAAUAUCAAGCUAUUCUUUUCAAUCUAACCAGAAAUGAAAGCGGUUCAGCAUGUCCAGCAACAACCAAACAAGAGAAAAAAAUUAACGAUGACAUCUCCAUCACUGGUAGAAGUAUAUUUUUGCAAACUGUUUAUAAACAUGAUGAAGCGAAAGGAAAUAUCUCAUUGGAUAUUUGUGAGACGUCUCCUCAACCUGUUAUGGUUUAUAAUUCCAAACAGGAUGCUUUUGAAAUUGGUUACGAGUUAUACUAUGAAGAAGGCAAGAUUCAGUUGCUGGAAGACAACAAAUAUCAUUCCUAUAAAUCAGUAGAGAUUAAUAACAAAUCAAAAUCUCCGAGCAAAUUCGUUUUCAGUCGCCAUGAUAGUAAGAAUUCAAAAUUUGUUUUCAUCGAUGGAUCCAUCACGUUGGUUUUCCAUUGGAUAUCACAGGUAUUGAUUAAAACAUCAAAACAUUACAAACUAAUCGAAUGGGAGAAAAAUAUCAACGUCGUGAAAAAUAAUGUUCAAUCCAAAUGUCAAGACCACCAUUUAGAAGGAUGGAAUGAGAUCAAUGUAUCAGAAGCUAGAACCAACAAUGAAAGCUACAAAGAGUCGACGAAUCACGAAAAACAAUCUCAAAAAAUUCUGAAAAAAUCACAAAUCAUUCCACUAUGGUAUUUCAACACAGAUUCAGGUAGACUUGCCUCUUGCACACACAUGAAUGUUAUACUAGUUUGGAAAGGUAUCGCCGAUGGGCAAUUGAAAAAAGUUGACCUAUUCAUUGCUGCAGUGAUUAGUACUCUAGAAUCAUACAAUCGAUUUGAUCAGAAAGUUACUUUUGGUGUAAACGGAGGUUAUGAACAACUCAAUUACACAAUGAAUGGCGAACACCAUCAACUUCUUAUUCCAAAAACCAUAUUUCGACUGGUUCAAGGAGUGUUCUAUGGUUCUCUGUAUGCUGCUCUGAUUGUAAUUCACAAUAAAGCGGAUUAUAUUGCAGAUAGUGAGAGGCUCUGCAGCCAUGAAACAAUAAUUUCAGGCUGGGAUACAAUUCAAAAUUAUGAUCCAAGAACUGGAAUAACAUAUGUGUGCCAGGUAACAGAGGAGCUUCAAAAAAAAUUAGGCGUUCCUGAAUAUGUUCAAUUCCUUCCAUUUCCAAAACACCCUUUGAAAUUUCGGGGCAUUCCAGUAGAGCCUUUACAAUUGGAUGCAAUUCCUUACUCUGAGCAUCCAUCAUGGGAUUACACCUAUCCCAUAGAGGAUCAUGAUGUUACAGGUUAUGUAGAUGACAAGUUUAAAAAGUUGUUACAAACUUCCAGACCUGAAAAUCAUCACUAGUUAGCAUAGGUACCAGGUACCCAACACCAUCAGCUCCAACAUAACAAUUACUCUAUCUGACCUAAAACUCCAUUCCAAAACAGAAACACCAAUGCAUGAAGUGUUUCAAUUUUCAUGGUCUCUAGUCCCAAGUUCAAAUAGGUAGGGAAGUAAACUAAACAGAAUAAAAAACAUCACCUUCUGAACAACUUCAGCGUAGAUCUGAGGUUCUUCUCAUCCAAUCCAGGACUGGUCGCUCACUUCUCACUCACCAAUUCUUAUUUCCUAAACUGUGCAGAAAUAUUGGUAUUGGAAACUAGGGCAACUGAUACAUACAUAAGGUAAGCUACUGGUUAUGGACCGGGGUACCAAUUAUGGAUCAUUUUUUUUGCGACAUCCUGGCUAGUUCGCAACUUGUCCACUAGGAGUGCUAAAUGCGACAUUGUCCCGCACAACAAUUGUCGAUGUCGACAUUUACAUCAACUACAUUUUUUUCAACAUAGUUAAUGAUGGAAAAGUGAUCAAUUAAUUAUUCAGUAGGAAUCUUCUGUCCGUACAAAAGCCAGGUAAAUGAAAAGUUUCAAAAUUUUCUCAUCAUUUCUGAUACCUUGACAUGCCAUCUUGACAUGUAGAUGUAAAAUUCGAUGCUCAAAAUUUACAUCUACAACUAUGUCGACCAAUUAUUCAGAAUUAAAAUUUCUGUUUUAGUGUUUAAAAGUUUAGUAAACAUUCAAAAAUAUGAUCUUGUUCAAUAAGGAAAACAAAUUUUUUAGGGCAUUGAUGAAAUUAUUCACUUUUCCACAGUUUGGAGUUGUAGAUGAUAUGAUGUUGAUAUUGUGGAUGUAUUUGUUGAUGUCGAAUUUCACAUCAACAUUAACAUCGACAUGUCAACAUGAAAAAUGGAUUAGUUUAGUACUCUUAGAUAAAGUAUUGCACCAUCCUUGAUAUAAGGAAUUUCUGUUCAACUGAGUAUUUGAUUGUGAAGACUUUUUGUCUGUACUUCUUCAGAAGUGGACUUUGCGUUGAUGCUGUUUUCAGCAAGAGCAAUAGCCACAUCAGAGGAAAUAAUUUUUGGAAAAAAAUUUUUAAUUUCUAAACUUAAAUUUUAUAAUUUUACAAAGCAGGAGGUCAACAUGAAUUUCGAUGUAAAUGUCAACCCAUCCACAUCCGUCACUUUUGGAUGCCACAUGUCGAUGUGAAUUUCGACCCUGUGUUGAGCCAAUUGUUGACACAAAUGCAGAUGAACAUCAGUCGACAAUUACAUCAACAAUUAGCUCGACACAGGGUCAAAAUUCACAUCAGCAUGUGGCAUCCAAAAGUGACGGAUGUGGAUGGGUUGACAUUCACAUCGAAAUUAGCAUGGCCAUUGUUGUACGGGGUGUAGCCUUGAGUGUGGCCAACCUAGAAAUACAUGGUCUUUGGAUGUUGGGUGUUAUCAGUGUGCUUGGCAUGUUUGUAAUCAGAUAGUUAAAAUUUUUAUGGCAAAAAUUUUGUUAAAUUUUUACAAGGGGUUUUAAAUAAUUCGAUUACAUUGAUCCAAAGAGUAUAUUCAACAAACAUCUGGUUUCUAUGUGUGAAGCUAAGUACCAAGAACUACUUUUUUGCAUGUUUAAACUUUUUUGCGGAUUUUAGGUUUAUGUUUGGAGCUUUUUGGUAGAAUGACAAUGCGACAGCCUAAUAUCAAAACCGCGUAACUCCCUUAUCAGUUGAUACCUGAGUAAAACGUUCUUUUUCACUAUAGCACUUCCUAUCGGGCUUGGAUGCUCAAAUAAAAAAUAGGUAACCGUGGGUAACAGUCACCUUCAGUUACCUAAUUUUUAUUUGAACAUUCAAGUCCGAUAGGAAGUGCUACAGUGAAAAAGAACGUUUUACUCAGGUAUCAACUGAUAAGGGAGUUACACAGUUUUAAUAUUAGGCCAUCGAAUGUUCAAACAUGAAAUUGCUGUAAUGUUUUCAAAAUUGAUGAUUAUAAGCCAAGUUUUAUGUAUUUAUGUUGCACACAUAUAUUUUCAUGUUCCAUUGAAUAAACUUUCAAAUUGUGAUACUCAGUUUUUGUCUGUUGGUUUGAUCCACAAUUGGUAGCUAAUUUUUUUUUGUUUUAUUUUUCUAUGAACUUUUUAAUUUCAAAAGGGUUGACAGGUACCUACCAAUUGCAGACCAGUCCACAACUGGUAGUUUUUCAACUUCAAUAUUUGUGAACUUUGAUGAUAAAAAUUUUCUGAUGUGGUUCUCAGGGUACUACGACUGGUCUUGGAGUGAAAAAAAUUAAACGCUUCCAUUCAUAUUUGCAUGAUCUGUAAUUGUACUUCUUCAAAAACUGCCUUUUUUUAGUCCCUACUUCAAAUAGGAAUUAGGGAAAUGAAAAUUAAUUUUUUUUUCAAGACUGAACACCUUGAAGUGAAAGCGGAAGCUUCAAGGAUCAUUUUUAAAAAAAUAUAUCAAUAUUGGGUCAUAAAUGAUGUCUUGGUGAUUAAUUGUAAAAAAGUGGUCCAUGACUUGUAGUUUACCUUACCUAAUGAUCACACUCUAAAUCACAUAAAAAAUGUUAGAUAGAAGUUUGUACAUCUGAAUUUUUUGUCGUUUCACAAAAUUUUAUGAACAGAAAUACCUUUAUAAAGUUGGUACCAAUUGUAUCCAACAAAAAUAGGUAUUGAAAAUUUGUGAGUUAUGUAGCUAUGUACCUAUACAUUAUUCGUUUAAAUAUCUAAAUGCCUCAAGGCUCUUUUAUAAUGGUAAUAGAAAUUCACAAAAAAAAAUAAAUGAAAAAGUUGA